AUUCUACAUUUGAAUUAACUUCACAUAUUUGGCCCAAUAAAAGACUCGACUUAAUGACGUGGAUUUUAAUUCGAGAUUGGUUCACAGAUGAGAUAAAAGACCUGCCAAAAGAUGUUUCUGCUAAAAGCCUGGUACUUUGAGGUUGCUUUAGUUCCAUGCGAGGGUUCUUUUCGGGGAAUCUACUUUUUCUUUGUUUGUUCUUUUCCGUCCCUCUUCCCCAUCUCUAUCUUUCCUUUUUCUCUUUCCUUUGCUAGUACGCAUUGGGAGUUAAUUGGUUUUGUCAGUUUGAUGAACAUUCUGUCGUGCAACUAAAAGUUUGUUUUGGUUAUUCAGCUAAAGCAAGCAUCCUUUUUGCCUGCCCACACUGAAGAAGGCUAUGAACUAUUACAUCUAGCUGUGAAUCGGAGUAAAUGUCGUUCCGCAGUAUUGUUCGGGAUGUAAGGGAUGGGUUUGGAAGCUUAUCAAGAAGGAGCUUCGAUGUGAGGUUGCUUGGUCAUCACAGAGGAAAAUCACAGGGUUCAGUGCAUGAGUUGCAUGAUCAACCACUGGUUGUACAGAACAGCCGGUGGGCCAGUCUCCCACCUGAGCUUCUACAUGACGUGAUUAGGAGAUUAGAAGCGAGCGAGAGCACCUGGCCUGCUCGCAAGCAUGUUGUUUCAUGUGCGGCUGUUUGCAGGUCUUGGAGAGAAAUGUGCAAAGAAAUUGUUAAGAGUCCUGAGGUCUCUGGGAAGAUCACCUUCCCAGUCUCGCUGAAACAGCCAGGGCCUCGUGAUGGGACAAUUCAGUGCUUCAUUAAAAGGGACAAAUCAAAUUUAACCUAUCACCUCUUCCUCUGCCUUAGCCCAGCUUUGCUUGUUGAGAAUGGAAAAUUCCUUCUUUCUGCUAAGCGGACAAGGAGAACAACCUGCACGGAAUAUGUAAUCUCUAUGGAUGCAGAUAAUAUAUCGAGAUCAAGUAGUACAUAUAUUGGAAAACUAAGGUCAAACUUCUUAGGUACUAAGUUCAUAAUUUAUGACACACAACCUCCGUACAACAACGCACAGUUAUCUCCACCAGGGCGUAGCCGUAGAUUUUACUCCAAGAAAGUUUCUCCAAAAGUUCCCACAGGUAGCUACAACAUUGCUCAGGUCGCAUAUGAGCUGAACGUGCUGGGCACCAGGGGCCCACGGAGGAUGCACUGUGUCAUGCAUUCGAUCCCUGCCCUGGCCCUCGAGCCGGGUGGCACUGUCCCUGGCCAGCCAGAGCUUCUUCCUUGCUCGCUUGAAGACUCAUUCCGGAGCAUCUCCUUCUCCAAAUCAAUAGAUACGUCCACGGAGUUUAGCAGUUCAAGGUUUUCUGAUAUCAUCGGGCCCCGGGAUGAAGAGGACGACGGAAAGGACAGGCCUCUGGUUCUCAAAAACAAGGCUCCGAGAUGGCACGAGCAGCUGCAGUGCUGGUGCCUCAACUUCCGUGGAAGGGUGACUGUAGCUUCAGUCAAGAAUUUCCAACUGAUAGCUUCGAAUCAACCAUCUACCGGCGCGCCAACACCAUCGCAGCCCCCACCGUCCGAUCAUGACAAGAUCAUUCUCCAGUUCGGUAAGGUCGGAAAGGACAUGUUCACCAUGGACUACCGGUACCCUCUAUCUGCAUUUCAGGCAUUCGCCAUUUGUCUGAGCAGCUUCGACACCAAAUUGGCAUGUGAAUAGACGGCGAAGGGUGCGAGGGAACGAAGUCUCCUGCGAAAAACGGUUUGUGUAAACAACGAUUAACGUCGAGAUUAAAGAGUUACGGCCAGGGAUUGUGUGCAAUCACUGUACAAUCCAUGAUGGUGAACUCUGUUCUUAAGUGCAUAAGUUUGCAUCCUAGGGAGGGGUCUUCUAUUUCUUCCUCAUCCUCAAUUCCCAUCUUCUUUUUUAUUCUAAUCUUUCCCAGUGUAGUUUCAUUCUAAGUGGGUCGGGUUUCAUCUGUUCCUUGCUCUGGUAUUGUUGUACCUGUAACUGUUCCUUUUAACAAAGGAAGAAAGUGAAGAUUGAACUUGGUCUUUUCCGUUUAUGGUA